UCAUUCUGUGUCAGUAUGUCUAUAAGAGUGCUUCUCUUCGGCCUGUUUCUGCUGCUCACUUCAGGGGCACAAGGAAAACCCGGCUCAUCCCGAAAGCCCGUGUGCGCUGAGAUGGCCGAGAUCCACGCGUGUCCCAUGAACUUCGCACCUGUGUGCGGCAGCGAUGGGAACAACUAUGCCAACGAGUGCUUACUGUGUGUGGAAAGACUGAAAACCAAGUCUGACAUUUUAAUCACAAGAGAUGGCGACUGCUGAGCUCCUGCACAACAUACAGGAUACAGGAUCGUUAAGAUCUG